ACUGGUGCACCAGGACGGCAGCCUGGCGGACCUCACCAUGCUCAGCGCCAGCUCUGUGGAGACCACGAUAUCCAGAGAGGAGCCGCAGCAGGAGGAGGACCAGGAGGAGUGGAGGGGGGAGAAGGAGAAGGUCCUGGUGGUGAUGGACGACACCGACAUGACUGGAGAGAAACCAAGGACUUUCUCCGACAACCGGCAGUCGAGCACAGACGAGAGCCGGCACUGCAGCGCGGGAACCGAGCCGGAGCCGAGCACCGAGCAGAGCUCAGACUAUCCCUGGAGGUUUCCCAACUCUACGACUGACUCCAAUGUGGUCAAGUGGCUCUAUGUUCCAGAUUUCCGCACCCCGCCUAAUCCAUCGUUCCUCAUCUAUGACUUCAUGCUGCUGCUGUGUGCCUCGCUCCAGAGGCAGGUCUUUGAGGAUGAGAACAAGGCGUCGGUCCGCAUCAUGGCUGGAGACAACGUGGAGAUCUGCAGAGAUCUGGACGCCGCCUCCUUCAGCGUCCACAACCCCGUCCCCGAUUUCAUCCACUGCAGGUCGUACCUGGACAUGCUGAAGGUCAUCAUGUUCAGCUACCUGUUCUGGUUCGUGCUCACCAUCAUCUUCAUCACGGGGACAACGCGCAUCAGCAUCUUCUGCAUGGGCUACCUUGUGGCCUGCUUCUACUUCCUGCUCUUUGGUGGAGAGCUGCUGCUCAAACCAAUCAAAAAGAUCCUCCACUACUGGGACUUCCUGAUCGCCUACAACAUCUUUGUCAUCACCAUGAAGAACGUUUUGUCU